AUUCCACCACCUGUCAAAUACUGUCAAUUUGUCAGUGUCGAGAAAUUUUCGUCCUUCGUUUUUCUCUUACAGCCCCUCAGCGUAACAGUUGAAAACAUGGCCGAUUCCCAGGCGAAUGAUAACACUACUUGCGUAGUGUGUUUCAAGAACGUCCUGUAUUACUCUAUUGGGGAGUGCGACCAUCCCGUAUGUUUUGAGUGUUCUACACGUAUGCGGGUGCUCUGCCUCCAAAAUGAGUGCCCUAUAUGCCGCCAGGAUCUUUCUAGGGUUGUCUUUACUGAUUCCAUCCAACCUUAUAAAGAGCUUCGUAAUCAAGUGUUCACUGAUCGACUGUUUGAGAGACAAUUCAAGAUUGGAUUUUGCAGUCAACAGAUAAAAACAGCUUAUGAACAACUCUUGGAAAAUCGCUGUAAACUGUGUGAUAAUAUACCGCCGUUCAGGACAUUCAGCAUGCUUAGCGACCACAUGAGAAAAGCUCAUGAAAGAUAUUUCUGUGAUUUAUGCGUUAAACAUUUGAGGAUUUUUACUGGUGAAAGAAAGUGCUACACUCGUCAAGAAUUAGCACACCAUAGACGUAAAGGUGACUUAGAUGAUACAUCACAUCGUGGUCACCCAUUGUGUGAAUUCUGCGAAGAACGCUUCAUGGAUGCCGACGAGCUGUAUCGUCACUUACGGAAGGAGCACCUUUACUGCCACUUGUGUGACGCCGACGGCCGCAACUUGUAUUACGCGUCGCACUCUGCGCUCGCGCAACAUUUCCGCAGCGAUCACUACCUUUGUGAGGAUGGGGAGUGCGCUGGACAACAUCUCACUGCUGUUUUCCGAAGUGAAAUUGAUCUUAAAGCGCACAAAGCGACGGUGCACGGGCGAAACAUGCCUCGAGGCGCGGCGCGUCAAGCUCGCACUCUUGAGUUGCAGUUCAACAUUACGCCGCAUCCUAGCGUCGGCCGCAUGCCCAGGGAACGUGAGCGGGAGAGGGAGCGUGAGCGAGAGCGGGAGAGGGAGCGGGAGCGGGACGCCCCGCCGGCCGCGGCCGCCAUCGACACGCGCAACGACGAGCAGUUCCCGCGCCUCGCCGCGGCGGAUGGAGGGAUGCACCCCUGCCUUGUGCUCAAUAGGGAGCGGGAGCGGGACGCGCCGCCGGCCGCCGCCAUCGACACGCGCAACGACGAGCAGUUCCCGCGCCUCGCCGCGGCGGAUGGAGGGAUGCACCCCUGCCUUAGGGAGCGGGAGCGGGACGCGCCACCGGCCGCCGCUGCCAUCGACACGCGCAACGACGAGCAGUUCCCGCGCCUCGCCGCGGCGGAUGGAGGCAUGCACCCCUGCCUUAGGGAGCGGGAGCGGGACGCGCCACCGGCCGCCGCUGCCAUCGACACGCGCAACGACGAGCAGUUCCCGCGCCUCGCCGCGGCGGAUGGAGGGAUGCACCCCUGCCUUAGGGAGCGGGAGCGGGACGCGCCACCGGCCGCCGCUGCCAUCGACACGCGCAACGACGAGCAGUUCCCGCGCCUCGCCGCGGCGGAUGGAGGGAUGCACCCCUGCCUUGUGCUCAAUGCGCCUUCCCGCGCGUAUAGAGGUCGCGACGGGUUGCUGCGCAACGAGCAGAACUUCCCCGCGCUGGACGGCGGCGCGCCGCGCUCAACGCCCGCGCCCGCGGCCCCGCCCACCGCCAUCGUACGGAACACUUCUAAGCCAAGCUUCGCGAUCCAAGUGCACAGCCAGCCGGCCAGCGCGAGCAACUUCAGGCUGACGCAGACCAGCGGCCGCGUCACGCUCCCGCCGCGCGCGCCGCUCGCCGACGACGACUUCCCCUCGCUGGCCGCGCGCGACGACCACCCCAGCCUCGGCUCCGCCACCGUGCAGCAGCCCAAGGUGACGUCACAGUUACAGUCGCAGACCAGCGGCCGCUCGCCGACGACGACUUCCCCUCGCUGGCCGCGCGCGACGACCACCCCAGCCUCGGCUCCGCCACCGUGCAGCAGCCCAAGGUGACGUCACAGUUACAGUCACAGACCAGCGGCCGCUCGCCGACGACGACUUCCCCUCGCUGGCCGCGCGCGACGACCACCCCAGCCUCGGCUCCGCCACCGUGCAGCAGCCCAAGGUGACGUCACAG